AUGCUCCCCCGACCCCUCCUCCUACCCAUCCGGCGCACGCUAUCCGCCCUACGCACUCCCACCCGCCCACUGCACACGACCAGCACACGGCCAACAAUCUCUCCGCACACAAACAGCCUCGUCUCGCCACUCACAGGGCUGCGCAUAACGCCCACCGCCACACCCACAUUCGCACUAGCGCAGCAGCAGCAGACGCGCGGCAUGAAAGUGCGCAGCUCCGUCAAGAAGCUGUGUGACGGGUGCAAGAGCGUGCGUAGGAAGAAGGGGCGCUAUGUGUACAUCAUCUGCUCGAAGAAUCCGAAGCAUAAGCAGAGGCAGGGAUAG